CUGCAUAAUGGACAAAUUACUGAAUAAUUGGUGCGGUAGAUCCCAAAUUUUCCACUAGACAGUGAUAAAAGAUCAGUAUAAGAGGUUGAAUUGUGGGGUACUUGUGAAUUUUGUUACACAAUAUUGUACAACUAGUAGUCCGUGUAGCCAGAACAGUCAGACCUUGCUCUUGGCAAAUGGACCCGUGACCACAGACUUGGACUACCUUCUAGGAAAUCGAGUAGCUUCCUCUUUCAAUUUUCGGUCGCCUGCCCACUCAGGCACUCGCAUGAGGCCUUCAGUGGCUCGCUAGUGUAACCCACUGCAGGGGUUAUCUAUGUUUACGUGUCACUGUUUUACUGGUGUGGGACACUCGUCCUUUCUCCUGAUUCUGUACGUUAAUCCUCCCAUUAUCCGACGUGUGUAUUUAUUUCUUAAUCAUUUCUAUUAUCUAACCAAACGGCGAAACUUCUCAUGUUAAUUACCGGAAUUAGCAUUUAUUAAUUCCCUGUAAUCCCGUUGCUAAUUACCGUGAUUACCCCCUCAGUCUUCGAGUGAGGAGAACUUAAGGGAUGAAUUUAAGCUCGAUCGACACGUGUAUGGGGGUAGUGGGAAUUUCAAUGGGAUGACGUUUGUAUAAAUGGGAAUGUUAGCGAGAGGAUUAUGCUUACCUUCAGCUUAUCAGGAAAUGAAGAUCAAAUCAUUUUAAUGCUAUAAUUUACUUACCCUUUCCCAUACUUUGAUCAAAAUUUUUGCCUUAUUUGCUUUUGUUUUUUGUUUUUCUUUCUCUUCUGGUUGAUUAUGUUAUUAGCUGAGAGCACCAACUUGCUUUCUUCUUCUUCUUCUUCUUCUUCUUCUGCUACUAUGCUUGAAGAUAAUUUGUCUAGGUUGUCUCUGUGUACUAGUUCGAUGUAUACUAUUGAAGAUGGUGAUUAUCCAGAUUGCGAUGGUAUGAUGAUGUUAUCGUCAGGCUUGUCCUUUGAAAGCUUCGAUGCAGAUGAGGAACUCUCCGAUGACGAAGAAGGGAUAGGCAUGCUUGACCUUUCCUCGGAUUCCGAUAAGGAAGUUGGAUGUUACUCGCUUCCAGCGACACCGCCUCGCCGGAGAAAUCGCGGAGGGUUGGUAAAGAAGCAACUUGUUGGUGUUAAGGAGUAUGCCAGUGAAAAUGAAGCUCGAAAGGGUAAGAUGAGAAAGAUUAUGGGGAGCAGAAGGGCAGUAAGAGAAAUAUUGGUGGAUGGUGAUAAUGAGAGUAAAAAGAAAGAUGAGGGAGCGGGAAUGGGUAAUUACUACGGGCACUGUAAUAGUUUUAGUGGAGAGAGUGAAGGCGGAGGGUUGGUGGUGAUAACGAGGCCAAAGGGAGGGAGGAGGUCAUUGUGCAUGGACUAUGAGGAAGUGAAGGCUUGUAGAGACCUUGGGUUUGAAUUGGAGCAUGAGCGCAUGCUGGAAAUGCCUAGUCGUGUGUCUCUGUCGGGAUCCACCCUAGAGACAAGCAGCGGUGGCAACUCCCCUAUUGCCAACUGGCGGAUUUCUAGCCCUGGUGAUGAUCCACGAGAAGUAAAGGCUCGCCUAAAGGUAUGGGCACAGGCAGUGGCGCUUGCAUCUACGUCUCGACACGGCGGCUUCUGACUGCUAAUGUUUUGGCAUAGCUCUUCUUGCAACGUUUGAUUUUUUUUUUUCCUGUCAUAUCUAAACCAAACUAGGUUCAAAAAGCAUAUGCUAUGAAGGACACACAUAAAUGUUGAUUUUCAAUCUAGGUUGGGUAAUUUUAAACAUGGGGAUGGACUUCACUUUCUUGGUAUAAAAGAGUUUCCUUUUUUGAAGGUUAUCUUGAUCAUCUGAUUGGUAGAUAAUUGUGGUGAUGGGAUUUCAGGUGGGACCGUCGAAGUCUCUGUCACUGAUUCUCUUCUGUACAUUUUUCAGCUGUUGUAAAUAUAUGAGCAGAUGACUGGGGCUGGUCGAAUCCCGGUUGACUCAAAACAGUAGAUUAUGCUAUUGUGAUUUUUGGAGCUUGUAUUCAAUUUUCAUUGUAUUCUGUUA